AUGAGGGGGAAUAAGAAUGUUACCGACAUGUUCACCAAACUCCGUCCAGUGGACACAAAGAUGAUACACAACAUCAAAGUUUCCCCUCGUCCUAUCAAGAAGAGGAGUUUGUCUGGUACAUUGAAGUCUAUCCAAACCAUAAAACAAGCGGCCACCAAUGUCAGCAAAGAGAACAGAGAUGCUAAUAAGGAAACAGUUGGCACAAUUCUAAGAUCUAUGGGAGAGCAGUCGUCGGUCCAUGGAUUCAGGAAUGGGACGUCAGGCUUGGCAGUUGGACAGCAAACAUUUGAUGACUUCCUGGCGAGCAUGCGCAAUACGAGCAAUACUGUGUACGACACCGCUUCCUUUGAAAUCCGUAUCACUGACAUCGACGAAGACGUCAUCAAUCAAGUGAUGACUGACGCAGGAGACGAUUCUUCUGAAGAACUUGAUGAACUUUAUAUUCUAAACCAGAGACUACAACAGGAAUACGAAUCUUUGUCAAGGGAUGACCGAAUUAGCAUGGGCCAUGACAUAGACAAGAUGUUGCUAAGCUGUACCUUCGCAGGUCGCCAAUGUAAACGGCCCACACGCAGACAUGUAUCGAAGGAGUAUGGCAAUUGUUACACGUUCGAAUCCAAAUCGUAUGUGGCGACAAGGAGCGGACCAGAUUAUGGUUUCCAGAUGACCCUUAACUUAGAGACCCACGAGGCCAUUCCUCACAUGACACAUGGUUACGGGGCGCGAAUCGUCCUCCAUCAAAGUGGAAGUUUUCCACUUCCGGCGGAAGAAGGAAUGACCCUGUCACCUGGAUACGAAACGUCAUUGGGCGUCCGGAUGGCAAAGAUUAGCCGGCUCGGACCACCGCACGGCUCCUGUGCUAUACCGCUGGGAUUCUUUGGCAAGCGAGGAUAUAAUAACAUUUCUAGCAGUAUCCGGUACAGCAGCCAAGCGUGUCUGUUAGACUGUAAAGAGAUGGCAAUAGAGACGAUCUGUGGGUGCUUCGAGAGUAACAUCCGUAACGAGUUAUAUACUGGAUAUUCUGACAGAACUGACGCGCUCCGAAACUGUGCAGAGUCUACCAACGAUUUCCGCUGUGCUACGGCUGUUACCCAGGACUUCCUUAUCGGCACCAGGACAUGUUAUUGCCCUAACGCUUGCAACGAGACGAUCUAUUCCCGUGUCUUCUCUGGACGCCUCUGGCCAAGCCAGGACUACUUGAAUGAAUUGAUGGAAAGUGCAUGCAGUAAAUAUGACCUGGAUUACAGGAGCUGUCCUCUGCAUACUCUUACACAUGCAGAAAAGAGUAUGAACUUCCUGAAGAUCAAUGUCUACUACGAAGAUCUCAACUACCAAUAUUUGUCUGAGGAACCCGAGUACGAGCUAAUGAACUUGCUGUCCGAUAUCGGUGGAUCACUUGGCCUGUUCCUUGGAGCGUCUGCCCUAAGCAUAGGCGAGGUGUUUGAACUACUGGUUGAACUGUCCUGCUACUUUGUUCAGAAAAGACGCAACCGUUGACUGAUGAAUACGAACAAUAAUGCAACAUAUAAGCCUCUAUGAAUGAUACAGUAAUGACAUGUUCAGACAAAGUGUAUUAACAAUGUCGAAAGUGGUAUAUCAUGAAUGAUUUUAAUAUUUGUAUAUAGUCUUGCUGUAAUGAAGUGGAAUUUAACCCAUUGUAUUUUACAAGUAACUAUAAGACGACGUCAUAGAUUUUACUCUGACUUUUAUUUAAUAUUUUCUUUUAGAUUUCGAUACGAAGCUCGUUUACGACCCUUACAUAUAUAAAAGGACAUCGACAACGAUGAAAACGCCAAUUUGAUGAACAAUUAAUAAAAUAUGUCUUUUUAAGUUGACAAAACAUUGACCGCAUAAUGCAUUAUAAAAA